AUGCAACUAUACAACGCUAUUAUUCAACGAAACAACGCUAUAAUAAAUAUAGAGACAGCAAUAGAGCUACUGUCCUUAGCAACUGUCUCGUCUGAAGCGCUGUCCCCGCUACUGUCGCACGCACUGUCCGCUCGCGGGUCGCGCCCGUACACGCGGCUGAUCACUGAGUGCUUACAGCAGACCAUGCCGCCCUCUGUCGACUAUACCAAGGGUAUACAUAUAGAGUCCUUAGUGACUGCCUCGUCUGAAGCACUGUCCCCGCUACUGUCGCACGCGCUGUCCGCUCGCGGGUCGCGCCCGUACACGCGGCUGAUCACUGAGUGCUUGCAGCAGACCAUGCCGCCCUCUGUCGACUAUACAUACCACACCGGUUUGAGAACCCGACCUGACUUGGCGUUGAAUCAAAUAAAGGACACUGUUAUACAGGUGUUCAAAAGCCACGGCGCCACGGAGUUCUCCCCCCCGCUCCUCAUGCCCCGCGCGCGGGCGUGGGACCAGUGCCCCAACGCCGUGAAGGUGAUGACGGCAUUCGGUACUGUUUGUCAUCUGCCCCACGAUCUGAGGCUGCCUUUUGCUAGGUAA